AUGGUGUUCCUCAUUCGUCUUACUAACGUCACUACUAGCGGUGGAUGGUAUAUGGUUCUUCUCAAACGAAACAAGCAGACGUCCGCAAGCACACUCACAAGUCUAACACAAAGCACAACACAAGACUCCUAUGUUAGUCGACCGAAAACUGUUCGGGAAGAAUCAUGGGUGAAGGUGAACCCACGCUUGGAGCCUCGACGGCUUGAUGGAGGAGAGGUCAGGCCAUUUUUCAAUGAAAAAAAAAUAGUGCAUAAGAAUCGAUGGCUUGCCGAACAAAGGCCAGCAAAUGGAUGGCUGGCUGCUGUCGAAUGGGAAAAUGUUUCCAUGCUGGCUAUUACGUAG